AUUCUCAACAACAUAAAUGAUGGCUAAACUCUCUUUUGGAUUUUUCUCUCAAAAAAAGGAUUAUACUGGUUAUGUUAUUGAUGAUAUUAGAAAUGAAAACAUGAGAAUGAAUUUAUAGCCGGAGCAUUCCAACAAUAGAUGGCUAUGAGAAGUUUCUUCAUUUUCAUUCACUAAAAAUUCUCCCAUGCAUUAAUUUUCAUUUUCUAUAUUUGAUAGUGUGAUUACUCCUUCUUUCUCUCUCCACAUAAAGAGGAAAUACUAACAAAUUCAGCUUGGUGACUGGUGACUGGUGACUAAAGAUGAAGGCUUUUGUGUGUUUGUUGAUGGCCCUUAUGAUGUGUGGUUGUGCUGCUGUUACCAAAGAAUGCUCAGCCUCAAACAUUAUGGCUCAAUCGCAUACGCUUCAGUACGAGCUGUUGGAAUCAAAGAAUCAGGCAUGUGAGACAUGGAAUAAAGAAGAAUUGUCUUCUUAUCAUGUGACACCAACUGAUGAAUCAACUUGGGGAGAUUUGCUUCCAAGAAAGUUCUUAUCAGAAGAACAAAAAAAUGAUUGGGCUGUUACGUAUAGAAAAAUUAAGAAUAUGGGUGUUUUUAAGCCACCUGUUGGAUUUCUCAAAGAAGUGCCUCUUGGUGAUGUGAAGUUGCUGGAAGGUUCAAUUCAUGCUGUGGCACAGCAGACUAAUUUGGAGUAUAUGUUGAUGUUAGAUGUUGAUAGGUUGCUUUGGAGCUUCAGGAAAACGGCUGGUUUACCGACUCCUGGUACGCCUUAUGGAGGAUGGGAGGUGCCUGAUAUUGAAAUCAGAGGACAUUUUGUUGGGCAUUACUUGAGUGCAUCAGCUCUAAUGUGGGCCAGCACAAAGAAUGAUACCCUGAAGGGGAAAAUGACGGCUCUUGUUGCUGGUCUGUCGGCCUGUCAGGAGAAAAUUGGAACGGGAUAUCUAUCUGCAUAUCCAUCUGAAUUUUUCGAUCGACUUGAAGAUCUUAAACCUGUGUGGGUUCCCUAUUACACCCUUCACAAGAUCUUGGCCGGCUUGUUAGAUCAAUAUACUGUAGCUGGAAACCCUCAAGCUCUAAAAAUGGUGACGUGGAUGGUCGAUUACUUUUACAACCGAGUGAUGAAUGUAAUAUCAAAAAACACUGUUGCUAGACACUAUAAAACACUGGAUAAUGAAGUUGGAGGAAUGAAUGAUGUCCUUUACAGAUUAUAUACCAUAACGGGGGAUUCAAAGCAUGUAUUGUUGGCACAACUUUUCGAAAAGCCUUACUUUUUAGGGGUGCUUGCAUUACAGGUUGAUUAUAUAUCUGAUUUUCAUGCUAAUACACAUAUACCAGUUGUUGUUGGAGCUCAAAUGCGGUAUGAAGUCACGGGUGAUCCACUUUAUAAGGAAAUUGGGACGUUCUUUAUGGACCUUGUAAACUCUUCUCACAGUUAUGCAACUGGAGGGACAUCAGUCGGUGAAUUCUGGCGUAAUCCAGAUAGAAUAGCAGACAACAUUAAAUCACCAGAGACUGAAGAAUCUUGCACAGCAUAUAAUAUGUUGAAGGUUUCACGGAACCUGUUCAGAUGGACCAAGGAAGUCACUUAUGCAGAUUAUUAUGAGCGUGCCAUAACGAAUGGUGUACUCAGCAUUCAAAGAGGAACAGAACCUGGGGUGAUGAUUUAUAUGCUUCCUCUAGGUAUUGGGGUUUCCAAAGCUAUAAGUUUCCAUGGUUGGGGAAAACCAUUUGAUACUUUCUGGUGCUGCUACGGAACAGGAAUUGAAUCAUUCUCAAAGCUGGGAGAUUCUAUCUAUUUUGAAGAGCAAGGGAAUAGUCCUAGUCUAUACAUCAUUCAGUACAUAUCAAGCUCAUUUAAUUGGAAAACUGGAAAAGUUUUGCUCACUCAGACAGUUGUUCCAUCUUCUUCAUCGGACCCUUACCUGCGAGUUACAUUUACCUUCUCUCCUAUUGAGCAAACUGGUAUUUCGUCAUCAUUGAAAUUUCGUGUACCAUCUUGGACUCGCGCUGACGGUGCAAAGGCGAUAUUGAAUGCUGAAACUUUAUCUCUGCCAGCUCCAGGGAAUUUCUUGUCAAUCACACGACAGUGGAGUACCGGUGACAAGCUGACCCUUGAGUUUCCUCUUACCAUCAGAACAGAAGCCAUAAAAGAUGACAGACCUGAAUAUGCAUCUGUUCAAGCAAUUCUUUACGGACCAUAUCUUCUAGCCGGUCAUUCCACCAACAAUUGGGAUUGGGACAUUAAAGCCGGAACCGAUUGGAUUACUCCGAUUCCUUCCAGUUACAAUAGUCAACUAGUUUCAUUUUCACAAGACUUUCAAAAUUCAACUUUUGUUAUAACAAACUCAAACCAAUCACUCACAAUGCAAAACUUACCUGCACCUGGAACCGAUAUCGCUCGUUAUGCUACUUUUAGACUUAUCCCAAAAGAUGCUACCAAUAAAUUAGUGAUGAUAGAACCGUUCCAUCUUCCUGGAACGAUUAUAAGUCACCAAGAACCAAACCAACCUCUUACCGUUGUUGAUUCUUCCAAAGCCGGGCCUUCUUCUGUAUUUCUAGUGGUACCAGGAUUAGACGGACGAAAUCAAACAAUAUCUUUACAAUCACAAAGCAAUAAAGAUUGUUACGUGCAUAGCGAUAUGACCUCUGGUUCGGCAGUUAAGCUAAGCUGCAAGUCCAAUUCUGAAGCUAGUUUUAACCAAGCAACAAGCUUUGUUUCUGGGAAAGGAUUAAGGCAAUACAAUCCUAUCAGCUUUGUGGCUAAAGGUGCAAACCAGAAUUUUCUUUUAGAGCCAUUGUUCAACUUCAGGGAUGAGCAAUAUACAGUUUAUUUCAAAAUGGCGACACCCAUUAAUUUGCCUAGCAAUUCAGUAGCCAAGGCAUGAGACUCGAGCUUCCAUUAUUGGAUCAAAUCCAGCUACAAGUGAUUCAAGAUUGAUACAAACUUUGUAUUAUUCUAUUGAUUUGAAAUAUACAUUAUAGGUAAGUUUCGCCUAUAAAAGUUCGAAUCAUGAAAAUUUUGUUGUAGAAAGAUUAGCGGAUGAAUUUAUAGUGGAUUGUAUAUGGCUUAAUGUUUUGAUUCAUCUAUUAUAAUCUAAAUUAAAAUUUAUCCUUGGUCAAAAAAAAAAAA